AAGGCUUUGACCCAAAUCUGACCUUGCUCGGACACAAUCACUGUAUCCGACAAGAUCUCAACAUGUCUUCAGACGAGAUUGUUUGGCAGGUCAUUAAUCAGCAGUUUUGUUCAUACAAACUCAAGCUCAGUACCAAAGAACAGAAUUUCUGCCGCAAUGAAUACAACUUGACAGGGUUCUGCAAUCGACAGUCAUGUCCUUUAGCGAACUCUAGAUAUGCCACUGUCCGGCCAGACCCAGAAACAGGCGCUCUCUGCCUCUUCAUCAAGACGCCGGAACGGACACACUUGCCCUCGAAAUGGUGGGAGAAGAUACGACUUCCCAACAAUUAUGAAAAAGCCCUUGCACAAAUCGAUGAGAAACUGGUCUACUGGCCAAAGUUCUACGUCCACAAGUGUAAGCAGAGACUUACACGACUGACUCAAGUGGCCAUUCGUCAACGACGCAUUGCAAAGGAAGAAGCCAGACUGGGCGAAACACUCGUCCCGAGACUUGCUCCCAAGAUCCGACGAAGAGAAGAGACUAGAGAAAGAAAGGCCGAGAGCGCAGCCAAGGUUGAAAGAGCCAUUGAGCGAGAACUUAUUGAUCGAUUAAGAAGUGGUGCUUAUGGCGACCGCCCCAUCAAUGUGGAAGAAAACGUAUGGAAGAAAGUUCUUCGCGGGCUAGAACGGGCAGAAAAGGGCGAAGAGCUCGAAGAUGACGAGGAAGAAAUAGAGAACGAAGCAGAGGGCGAGGUCGAGUAUGUUUCUGACCUCGAAGAAAGCGAAGGUGAAGGCGAAGCUGAAAUGGAGGACUUUGACGAUUGGUUGGGAGGAGAAAGUAUGGAUGACGAGGAUGACUCUGAAGACUCUGAAGACUCAGACGGUGGUGACGGGUCAGAGGAUAGUGAGGACAGCAGCGGAGACGACAGCGAGGCCGCAGGUACUGGAGCUGGAAAGAAGAGGAAGCGGACCGCACCAGCACCCAAGCCAAGGAAGAAAGCAGCUCCUCAGCUGGAGAUUGAGUACGAAACCAGUCUACCACAAAAGGAGCUCAAUGUUGCAUACUGAGAGGACGGGUGUUCAUGAGGCGUGGCACAAUUAUCACGAUUUCACAUUCAUGCCUCUCAUAACUGCUGUUUAUUACUGGGCGUAUAGCAGGCCGUCAAGUUGCUGGCAAAAUCGAAAUGAAUAAUGA